AUGGACGGAGAAGGGAGCGGAAACAAAAAUACGGAUGAAAAAGGAAAACCGCCGUUAUUUCCAAGGUUACAUAUAAAAGAUUUGGAAAAAGAUGGGGCAAGGGCACCUUCUCGAAACAAGAAGGGUUACUAUGAUCAUUUAUCAGUUCCAUUGCCAAAGGUUAAGGAUCCAACUCCUUAUAUACCUGUUUAUGGUUCCACUCCAAGUAUAUCAUCUCCAUUAUGCCAGGUUGUUUCUAAUGAAUCUAUUUCUAAUGAGAAUUCAAGUAAAAGAUCAAUGAUUCCAAAUCUUAAUCUACCUCCACCUCCAUCACCCAAUCUAACAUUUGAUUACCAUCCUAAUUUAAAAUCGCCUUAUGAACUAAAGGAUCCUAAUGAAUUUAAACUUCCGCCCUAUGCCAGCAUUGCUCGUGCAAGUAGCUCAUUAGAACCACAAACUACAACUACAACUACAAAUAGACAAAAAUCACCCAUGCCUACUGAAAUGAGCUCAAAACAAAAGAAUAAAUCAUCAUCAUCAUACCCAGUAUAUCCUGAUCAUAAAAUGUAUGAUCAGGAAAACUAUGGUCAGGGUCUGGAGAGAGAAGAACGACGACAGUUUAUACCCAUAAAAGAGAGUGCGGUCAAAGAAUGCGGCGACAAUACUUCGGGUGAUAAAAGAUUAGCAAAGGUCUUUAUACCAAACAUGCCUUUAAUAAUGAGAAGUCAGUCAAGUGAGAAAUAUGAUGGAAUUAUUGGUAAUCUGCAGUCUAGUCUUCAACAAAUGAAUAUUGAGUAUAAGAUUGAAAAUUGCAAAGAUACUUCAGCAAAAGCGUCUUCAUCAUGUGCAGUUAUAACCCCCAAAGCUAUUAUGAAGAUGAUUGGCCAACAAUUUUUUUUUCAAGCAAGGAAAACGAUUAUCAACCAACAACAAAUUUUUACCAUACAAUUGUCCGAGUUGCAUAGAAUUGUAACGGUGCAAAAAGAGUUUAUCGAUUCAAGUUAUGCACAACAGCCAAAUCAUCCAAAAUUAGAUACUUCCCUAUUAUCUAAAUCUUUUCCAGAAGCGUCAAUUUUUAAUAACUCAUCAAAAAAUGAAACCUCAACAAUCCAAAUUAUGAGUUCAAAUCCACAUACAAAUUCAGUCGGACCAACCGAUUUGAUAGUUCUACCCACAAAUAGCAAUUCAAACAACAUUGCUAGCAACUUUGAAAAUAGUAAUAUAGGUAGUAAUACCAUAAUUAGUAAUUUUCCCAUUUUAUAUGUUCCUACACAAGGAAACCUAUUGUUGUGUCCGAAGAUCUCACCUACGGAAGGACUUAUUUAUAAGUUUUGCACAUCAUUACCAAAUGGGGAUUACACGUACAUACAACCAUAUUCAUUUAUUGAGAACAUGAAAAGUGGAUCUGAAGUCAACCCUAGUCCAAGUUCAUGUGUUAUAAGAGAUGAGAAAAAUUCGGAUGAAGUUAAAGACACUGAAAUGGUCAAUAGUACACCUACAAGUUCUACGGAAAAUAGUGUACCUAAAAAUGUUCCUACGUCCCCCAAAUCAUUAGAAUUAGGGCAACCAGUACAGAUUUGUAACAAUGAGUCGAAGACCAAAGUGAUUAAGGCAGUACCCCUCAGUUCGGAGUUAACAACUGAGUCGAUCACCCGUGUGGUUGAAUUGAUGGAAAAAUACAAAAAUGAUCGUAAAAAAUAG